AUGUCAGUUCUUGGGAGAAAGUUGAUAGAGGCCUUCAGAGACCAGAGACAUUGCGAUGUAAAAUUAAAGCUCCAAGAUAAUUUCAUCAUUGACGCCCAUAAAACUGUAUUAAUUCUUGGAUCGAAAUGGUUUGAGGCCCGGCUUGGUGAAAAGUGGAAUCAACCCAGUGGGGAAUCGAACAUAAUUAAUUGUAAUGUUCAUUCAAGUCAACACACAAAGGAAAUGUUAGAGUUCUUGUAUACUUCUGAAAUACACAUUACUUUAGAUAAUGUAGAAGAGAUUUACCAGAUUGCGGAUUAUUAUACUGUUACUGAACUAAUGGAGAAAUGUUGCCUAUUCUUGCAACAAAGCAUUUCAAAAAAUACUGUUCUGAAAAUUUUAAAUAUUUCGCAUGAAAAUAACAUUACAGAUAUAAAAAACAAAGGCCUGGAAUAUUUAGACAAGUAUAUUGAAGAAGUACUAUUAAGUAGAACUACUGAAGAAUUCCAAGAAAUUCCUCUGGGAUUGCUCUUGAACAUUGUAAAAAGAGACAGUUUGUGCAUUCAUGAAGAACUUCUUUUUACUCACAUAAAUCUUUGGAUUAAAAAAGUUCAAGAAGAAGACAUUCCCGGUACAUGGCGUGACAUAAGUCCCUUUUUAAGGUUUGGAGUAAUGUCAAUGGACUUUUUUUUAGAAAAUGUUGUCAACAAAGGUAUCAUUGACAAUGAUUUAUGUGUAAAAAUCAUGGUGUACAUAUCAACAGUUAACAAACCAGUAGAUUUACCAGAACAGUACUUCAAUGUACGAUAUCAAAUCACAGACCAGGACAUUAGUAUCCAUCGCUUUUUACAUCACAGUUUACAUCCAACAUGGGUUGUUGACAAUUCCCUAAAUGGAGACAGAAUAUCAUUUACUAUAAACUUGGAUGAUUUCUGUUUAAGAGGACUAUUUGUAUAUGGUGCAGAGACUGAAGCAGGUCUUGUAGUGUCCAUGUAUCUUUAUACUGGAAAUGGCCAGCUUUUAGGAAAAAGCCAAACUAAGCAGAAAACCCCGCACUACAAAGAAAUUCCAGUUAUAUUUCCUAAACCACUGCUUCUUGUUAAAGACACUGUUUACACGGUAGUUGUGCGGAUAAGUGGAGGGCCCACUUAUUAUGGUAAAGGUGGCUUGUCAGAUAUAAAUGUUCAAAUGAGGGAGAUAAACACUCUUAAAGUUACUUUCCAAGAUGCUUGUGGAGAUACAAAUGUACAAACAGGACAAAUUAAGGGGCUCAUCCUGAGGAAACGUUAA